CUCCACCACAAGCUCGCCCGGCGCCCACUGAUUGCUCGAGUUGCGUGCUCGCGCCCGCGGCUUUUAUGCGCCACUCGCCCUCUCUCUUCUUCCCUCUGGCUCCAGCACCCUUAUCUUACUCUUCGUCUUGGACGAGUGUUGGAGAGAGGCUAGCUAGCUAAAAAAGUUGAGUGGCGAUGAAGAUCCAGUGCGACGCCUGCGAGGGCGCCGUGGCCACGGUGGUGUGCUGCGCCGAUGAGGCGGCGCUGUGCGCGCGCUGCGACGUCGAGAUCCACGCCGCCAACAAGCUCGCCAGCAAGCACCAGCGCCUCCCGCUCGAGGCGCUCUCCGCCAGGCUCCCCCGCUGCGACGUCUGCCAGGAGAAGGCGGCGUUCAUCUUCUGCGUGGAGGACCGGGCGCUCUUCUGCCGGGACUGCGACGAGCCCAUCCACGUCCCCGGCACUCUCUCCGGGAACCACCAGCGCUACCUCGCCACCGGCAUCCGCGUCGGCCUCGGCUCCGUCUCCACCUGCAACGGCGCCGACAGCGGCGGCACCCACGACGCCGACCACCCCGCCCCGCCCAAGGCCACCGUGGAGCAGACGCCUUCCCAAACCACCGCCUCCGCCCCGGUGCAGCAGGUGCCCUCGCCGCCGGAGUUCCUGCCGCAGGGCUGGGCCGUCGACGAGCUCCUGCAGUUCUCCGACUACGAGUCCGGGGACAAGCUGCAGAAGGAGUCGCCGCUCGGGUUCAGGGAGCUGGAGUGGUUCGACGACAUCGAGCUGUUCCAGGACCAGGUGCCCAAGGUCGGCAGGACGGCGGCGGAGGUCCCGGAGCUCUUCGCCUUCCAGGCGGCCAGUGACGCGGCGUACUACAGGCCGAGCAAAGGCGCUGUCGCCGCCACCGGGAUGCGUCAGACCAAGAAGCCCCGGAUCGAGGUCCCCGACGACGAGGACGACUACCUCAUUGUCCCUGAUCUUGGUUAAGAAAAAGAGAGUUUCGUUUCUUCUCUUGUGCCGUUGCUGUAUACUUAGAGGAGGCAGCGUUUCUACUGUGUACAAGCUAAUGUUGACGUGUCAUCUGUUGUGCACCUUGGCGUAGUAUUAUUGCUCAAUUACAAACAUAAUAAUUCUAAGCCACCUUGUAGCUGUGUUA